AUGGGCAGAGAAAAGACCAGUUUUAGUGUGGUCAAGUACAUCUUCUUCAUCUUUAACAUUUUUGUUUGGCUGCUGGGUUGUGGUGUGCUGGCCGUGGCUGUGUGGCUGUGGAGCACACGAGGAGAAAGUGUCUCCAUUAUACCCACACACACAUUUCUGAGUGCAUCAUCGCUGUGUGUCAUCUCCAGCAUCCUUAUUCUCAUCAUUGGGUUUGCUGGAUGCUGCGGAGCUUUCGUUGAAAACCAGUGUCUGCUGAUUGGGUACUUUGUGCUGGUGCUGUUGGUGUUUGCACUGGAAAUUACUGCAGGCACUCUAGGCUUUGUCAUGAAAGAUCAGGUAAGAGACAUCAUUCACAAUGAGAUCACAGGAGGCAUCAGAUAUGAAUAUAGAACAGAAAUUCAGAUAGAACUACAGGCUCAGAACGUCUCAUUGUACGAUCGUGACUCCAAGGGUUGGUCUCAGACACUAGAUACUCUACAGCAGGAUCUUCAGUGUUGUGGUGUGGACAACCAUACUGACUGGUACAACAUUCAGGCUUGGCCCGAGGAGCAACGAGUUCCUGAAUCUUGCUGUAUUAAUCCUUCACCUAACUGUGGUUAUGGUGACACUACUUUAUGGUACCAAAGGGGUUGCAUUGAAGAAAUGGAAUAUUGGUUCAUGAGAAACAUGUACAUUCUAGGGGUCAGUGGAAUCACAGUCGGCUCUGUACAGAUUCUGGCAAUGGUGGCAGCAAUUGCUCAGUUCUGCUACAUCCGCAGCAAACGAUUCCCCUUGUAG